AUGUCAAACCCCUUCGAUGAUAGCGAAAGUCCCUUUCGGGAUCCACCUUCAGUUCCUCAUGCAGCAUUUACAGAUAGGUAUUCCCCAAGAAAGUACGGUAAAAAACAUGACGAAGAAUAUGAAUCUGAUGAUGAGAGUAAAGAGUUUAUGGCAUUUCCACAGUCCCUACAAAAUCAACAAAGAAAAUCUCCAGAUAUAUUUGCUAGAAGCUUACAAGCGAGGGGCAGCUCUAACUUGAAUACCUCAAUAUUUGAUAAUGCACCUAACCUCAAAUAUGGCAAUGGCACACCCCGAGCUCAGUUUACAUCUAAAGAAUCUCCGCCACGCCAGAAAGAAAUUCCAUUGACAAUUGGAGCUGAGCAUGAAAGCAUUGAAGAUGAUUUCACCUAUAAGGGUUCGCCAAGGAGAUCUCAAUUUGGAAAUAGUUCAUCAAAAAGCGAACGGUUUCUUGAGCCACCGCAGCCAAUUUUUUCCCCAGAGACCUUUGCUGAGGCAAACCCUAAUGAUUAUGAUCAGCAAACCAUAAGUGAUGAGAAGGAUGACAGUUUCGACUACAAUGGAUACCAAAAGGCUCACGAACUUGAAGAGCAAUCAGUAUAUUCUGAGACAACUGCCUACAGUGGUCCUUCAUUUACCACUGGGAGCCAUCCUGGUAGCGAUUAUUUUGGAUCAUCCAUUGACCGUAAUAUGAUGGAUAAUAUCAAUCAUGGUUAUAUACCCGGAAAAGAUAAAACUGUUACCAAACGUAAGAUUAGAUUAGUUGAUGGAAAUUCGGGAAAUUUAGUAUUGGAAAACCCCAUCCCAGAGGAACUAAAGAAAGUAUUAACCAGGACAGAGUCGCCCUUUGGCGAGUUCACACAUAUGACAUAUACAGCAUGUACUUCGGAGCCAGAUGAUUUUGUGCCGGAUGGAUUUACUCUUAGAGCUUCCAAAUAUGGGAGAGAGACAGAAAUCGUUAUAUGUGUGACAAUGUAUAACGAGGAUGAGUAUUCUUUUGCAAGAACUAUGCAUGGUGUAAUGAAGAAUGUUGCACAUUUAUGCUCGAGACACAAGUCAUCUGUAUGGGGCAAAGACUCCUGGAAAAAGAUUCAGGUGAUCAUAGUGGCUGACGGAAGAAAUCGAGUUAACGAGUCAGUAUUACAACUUUUAACUGCAACUGGUUGCUACCAAGAUAAUUUGGCUCGACCAUACGUUAACAAUAAGAAAGUCAACGCACAUUUAUUCGAGUAUACUACACAGAUUUCAAUUGAUGAAAACCUCAAGUUUAAAGGCGAUGAAAAAAGUCUAGCGCCUGUUCAAGUCUUGUUUUGUUUAAAAGAGAGAAAUCAAAAGAAGAUUAAUUCUCAUAGAUGGCUCUUUAAUGCAUUUUGUCCAAUUUUAGACCCAAAUGUCGUUGUCUUAUUAGACGUGGGUACCAAACCACACCAUCAUGCCGUCUACAAUUUGUGGAAAGCUUUUGAUAGAGAUUCAAAUGUUGCAGGAGCUGCAGGAGAAAUUCAGGCUAUAAAAGGAAAAGGAUGGUCCAACUUAAGUAAUCCGUUAGUGGCAUCUCAAAAUUUUGAAUAUAAAAUGUCCAACAUCUUAGACAAGCCACUUGAAUCUCUUUUCGGUUACAUAUCUGUUUUACCAGGUGCAUUAUCUGCCUACAGAUACAUUGCUCUAAAGAACCACGAUGAUGGAACCGGACCUUUGGCCUCAUAUUUCAGAGGAGAAGACUUAUUAUGUAAACAUCAAGAUUCAGUGUCAAACAAUAGCAAAACAAAUUUUUUCGAGGCUAAUAUGUACUUAGCUGAAGAUCGUAUACUCUGUUGGGAAUUGGUAGCUAAAAGAAAUGAAAACUGGGUAUUGAAGUUUGUAAAACUGGCCACUGGCGAAACGGAUGUUCCAGAAUCAAUUUCAGAGUUCCUUUCUCAGAGAAGACGCUGGAUUAAUGGUGCUUUCUUUGCAGCGUUGUAUGCAUUAAGUCACUGCAAGAAGAUAUGGGCUACAGAUCAUUCACUCUCAAGAAAAUUCUGGCUUCACGUUGAAUUCAUAUACCAAAGUUUCACGUUAUUGUUCUCUUUCUUUUCGUUAAGCAACUUUUAUUUGACGUUUUACUUCUUAACGGGUUCGUUGGUGUCGACUAAACAUAUUGGACACAAUGGUGGGUUUUGGAUCUUCACACUAUUCAACUACUUAUGUAUUUGUGUCUUGACUUCAUUGUUCAUCACUUCAAUUGGAAACAGACCUCAAGCAUCUAAAACAAUAUUCAAAACGCUAAUCAUAUUACUUACAGUAUGCGCACUUUAUGCUUUAAUCGUCGGUUUCUAUUUUGUUUUUAGUACCAUUCGUGCAUUUGGUAUGGGUGAAGAUUCGACCUAUGUUUUCGUUAGUAUUGUUGUAUCCUUAUUGUCGACCUAUGGACUCUACACAUUGAUGUCUGUGCUUUAUUUGGAUCCAUGGCAUAUGGUUACCUGCUCUGUUCAGUACUUUUUGAUGAUACCCUCCUACACUUGCACAUUGCAAAUCUUUGCAUUUUGUAAUACUCAUGAUGUGUCUUGGGGUACCAAGGGCGACAAUAAUCCACAGGAUGACAAAAGUAACCAAUAUAUCAUUGAAAAGAACGAGGAAGGUGAGUUUGAGGCUGUCGUUGUUGAUGUCAAUAUCGAUGAAGUAUAUCUCGAAACAUUAUAUAAUAUCAGAUCAAAACGUUCGAAUAAAAAAGUUUUGGCUUCCCACAAGGCACCCGAACCAAUGCAUGGCGAAGAUUAUGCAAAGGAUGUUCGUACAAAGGUCGUUUUGAUUUGGAUGAUAGCAAACCUAAUUUUCAUUAUGACAAUGUUGCAGGUAUACGAACCAGGUGACACAGGAAAGAACAUCUAUUUAGCAUGCAUUUUGUGGGUUGUUGCAGCAAUGUCGUUUUUCAGAGCAGUUGGAUCUUUUGGAUAUCUUUUGCAAAAUUCUGCAAGAUUUUUUGUUGAGACAAAGAGCAAAUGGGGCCACAGAAAACAGGGCUAUGUCGCGCCCAAAGGUAACCCCUUGAACUAA